GAUAAUCAGCUAUACCUGUUCUUUUCUACAAUAAGGUGAUCUCGGUGAAACUUUGACACCAUUGAGAGAGAAGGCCAAGAUGGUGCUGUUCUGCAUUUCUGCCAGUUUCUUUAUCCUGGGGAUCAUCAUCAUAUGUGGUGGGAUGCUGUGCAAAAUAGGCCGCCUCCACAGACACUUUCGCAACAAGUCCUACGAGAUAUUGGAGGGGAGGGACCCAUCCCAACACCACAUCAGCAGCAGCACUCUCAGUGAGGACGAGAGACCGUCCAAAAACACCAGACAACUCGCCCACCCUCCACAGCCA